CGCAGCAUCCCAGGAACACGGAAUCUUGGCAGACUGGGAGACGGAGAAACGGGAGCGCACUGGAACGAUAAAAGAGGAGAAUAAAUGAUAUCUUUCAUCUGUUGGUCUUCCUCACUCAUCCAAUGUCACUUGUUCCUUUCUUUUUCUGAGGAGAACUUCUCCAGAGCCUCCAGUGAAAACACAUACAUAUAGCGAUAUAUCUAUAACAAUCCUAUACAUAUAUCAAUAUACAGUAUGCCUGUUUUCCUAAACAGCGUGUGGGAUACAGAAAUGAGCAGAAGAAAGACGCCUUGAUGGUCAACAAAAGCUGUGGCGCUGUUAUUUCCUGAGUGAAUUGAAAAGUGGGCAACAUUAAGAAUGACUUGUGGAAUAUCUUUAACCUGUAUCGUGAGGGAUCUAUUCCUCACUGGCAUUACGCACCGUUUAAUGGGACAAAGAUCUUGGAUACGGCUCAACACCAACGUCAGCAUGAUUUCUACAAGGUUUUGAACUGGAAGCUUACCAACUGUUUUGCUGGAUAUUUUCUGGGCCAAGAAACAGUUUGUCUCAGGUUGAGAUCCUCAAAUUUGGCCGGGCUCCAACGGGGAGGAAUCUCGCUCGCUCUUGUUCAGUCUGCAUUUAGUGAUGACAGAGGUGAGCGUGUGGUGCGCUGAAGUGGCGUGGAAAGCUUUCUCCACCAUUGAUACCUAUAUCAGCUUGCUGUAGGAGCCGGCGUCAGCAUUUAACUGUACACUUAACAAACUUACUACACUAGAAGAAACUUUUUCUGUGUCCUCUGUGGCCGUAUUGUGCUCUGUUGCAUUCUUUGCUACGCAUUGUGGGAUUACUUAAAGCUCACGAUGGCAACUUCACGCUUGUUUUUGAAUGUCUUGACUGCUGUUUUGCUGUUUAGCGGGGUUUCUCGCAGCCAGAAAGCCAACACGGUGAGCACAGAUGUGCAAACCGCCAACAGGACGGUUGUUCCAUCAGGUGCCCCAGAGGUCACUCUGGCAACCCCACGGUCAGACGCGGAUGAACAAACCCCGUCGUCAGGAAGCCGGUGUUGGGGUUACUACGACGUGAUGGGUCAAUGGGACCCGCCGUUUAACUGCAACGCUGGAAUCUACCUGUUCUGCUGCGGUUCCUGCUACUAUCGCUUCUGCUGCCAGUUCAAGAUUCACAGUCUGGACCAGACGUCUUGCUCCAACUACGACACGCCCGUGUGGGCCAACACGGGCAAGCCGGCAGCUCCGGUUACUGACGUUCAGGAGGAACCGGACCGAGAUCGCACUCACAUGAUUGUGUAUAUCAUCUGCGGAGUGGUGGCCAUUAUGGUCCUGGUUGGAAUCUUCACCAAACUGGGUCUGGAGAAAAGUCAAGGAGGGCAAACGGACAUGACCAACUCUAGGGCCCUAACAGAACUGUUGAAACAGCCAGGCGAGACCGGGGGCAUGGACAGAGGAGGACACCACCCAAUCGGAUCCAACGGCCUGUCUGGCAGGACGAUGCGUACCAAUAAUGAGCACAAUCACAUGAAUAAUUCCGGGCAUCCUCAUCGGAGUCCCGCAAUGGCCCUCUCCCAGCCCCACAACAACCUGGGCUUCAACAAAUAUUCCUCUAUCAAGGGAAUGGAAACAACAGUAAGGGAUUACUACCCCAAAGGCUACCCAAUGAUGGACUACACCUAUCGACAGUCUUCGCCCCCGACAUUCCAACCCAUCUCUUUCCACCCCAAAGACAAGCCCUUCCUCCCACCUCCAGACAUCCAUACACCUCUAGCCAUUACCAUCACUUCUGCUCAAGUCCCCAAGCCCAAGAUCUCCAAGACCAACACUCAUCCACUCACCUCCAGCUCGGCCUUCAAAGUCUGGGACCCCAACAAGAGCUACGUCCAACACCAGGUUCCUCUGAUGGUUCAACAGCAACCUCCACUGUCCCAGCCUAACUGUCGGCGUCAGGUGUUCUCCACCAAGCGGCAGUUCAGCAUCGAGACUCUUCCGGAAUUGUUCACCCAACCUUUGGGGUACGGACACACAACUGGGGUGUCUCCACAUCUCCAUCUUAAACACAAGGGACUGCCAACAAACAGCAAAACGGAGGUCACGGUGUGAGGAGGUAACCUAAAACGAAAGAGAGCAUGAUUGUGAUUAGAAAUGUUGAAACCAGAUGUUAGAACUUCAGUUGUAUUUCAAUUAUAAUUCCUUGUAUUUGUAUUAUAUAAUUAUCGUACUGAAACACCAAGGUCAAAGGAGAAACACAUUGCAUGGUCCUGAAUCUUGAUAAACCUACCACCCCAAAUGUUCCGGCCUGUUGUUCUUUUGCCACUGGCCUUCAGAUGUCUCCAGGGUGCCAGACCCACAAGGAGCCUUCGCACUCUUCCAGACGAGGCUGUCUGCUUCCAUCGGUCACCACCUGCCACACGGAGAGAUUAAAUUCUGGCAAUUUGAGACUGGGGAAAGCUUUAGGAAGACAACUAUGAAAAAACAAAGGUGAUCUGAGCGAAGGCUUAAGGUGUUUCGGCUGCUUCUAUUUCGAAUCCUUGUACAAGACACACCACAAGGUCAACGAGGGUGUCUCCGCUCAUUACGGACUUACCGCCUGCAGAGAUGAGGUGCCACAGUGACAGAGGAGAGCACGUCUAACUGAAAGAGUCUCAUGACUAAUGUAACAGGUAGCACUGCCAAAACAACUUUGUUCACUUGACCCAUGUGUGUCCUCCGCAAUAUCUCAGAAACUACUCCCUCUCAUUUAUCAGAAUGUAAGUGGCUAUCCUUUUGGUGAAAGUUGAUUUUGAAUCUUAGUGCUGGUACAAGUACGUCUAGCAUGCAUCAGCAAUAUCUAUAUCCUACCGUAGCAUCAUAAUCCAGAAAUAAGUGCUAAAUCUGGAGGUGAUGGGUAUUCAAAUCUGAGAGGUUUAGGUGUCUUGGAGUUUGCUCCAGGGACUGGGAAAAUGGUGGCAAUACUACCCCUGUCUGUCUUCCCCGCCUGGGGCUGAAUGACUGAUAGACCCAGCUGCCGAACUCACUUUUCUCUCCACUGUUCCAAGCUGUUCCCAGCCGGGCGUCUGGCCGCCACACUGCCACAAAACAACAGGGGGCGCUGUAAUUGAUGAUGGCACCAUAACAGAUCCAAAAAUAUGUUCUUGAAACUGCCUGUAGACCCACAUUCUAUGGUUUUCUUCAAUCAGCAAUGGGUCUGAAUGGAGGUUGGUUUUGCUGAAAGACCUAGAGGUGAGAACACAAAAUAUAGCGAAUUUAUGCAAACCUAUUUUUUGUUUGUUUGACGACAACCCCUGUCCUUAUAUGAUACUCGAACAUCUGUUUACAGAGGAAACAUCUGCACCCAAACAUUAGCAAGUGCUCCAUGUUUGAACAGCCCUCAGUGAGCAGCACAAGAGAUUUUACGGUCGAUGACAUCUAAUGUACGAGCCUCCGAGGGGCUAUUAAAGAGUGUGAAAUGUUCUAGGAAAGAAUUUAACACAACUGCCGCUCUGAGCCAAACGCAACCGCAGUGUCGAGAUUAAGAGGGGCAGAGAAAGAUUAUUGAACUGGGAUGAAACGAGGCAACGGUACAAGCCUUCGUCUGUCUGAACACUAGAUUGCAUUACAGUCAUCUUUCAGUACACUUUACAGAAAAUGGGCUGGUAAUGAACUAUGAAAAGGAUAAAGAAAGAAACACAUGUUGUCGCUCCCUUUCUCAUUCUACCUUCAUUUUGGAGAUCGUUUUUACUUCUGGACUUGCUCCAGGGAUAGACGCUCCAAAAAUAUGAUGCGGUUACAGCAUGUUCCAGGAUGGCUAUUUUUAACCGUUUUAUUGUUGUGAAGGUGUGCCGACACGUUCUCACGUGCCAACUUGCAGACAAUUUAUAUUGAGCUCUGUUCCGGCUCCAUUGUGUUGUUGGGUUUUAGGGACAAAUGCUGGAGGACAAAAACGACUUUCACCUUUUCCUCGCACAGAGAUGCUAACCGAUACCAACUUCAAAUGGAUACACCUGUCUGAACUGAAGCCAUACUGCUGUAUGUAGAAUUACAAAGACCUUCUCAGAGGAGUGCUUGAAAACCGGAGCAGCUUUCCCUCUGAACAAGGAUUAGGGAGACAAGUCUACAACUGCUUCACCAAAUUUAGAAACCGAAAAGUAGCUUGGUACCAACACAUUUCUGACAUCAUCUCAAUGAGGUGUUGGAUUGUUAGAUAUUUAAUUCAGUGUUUGAAGGCAAAGGGCCGAAGUCAAAUGAGUACAUGCACAUCCUUUACUUAAAAAAAAACACAAGGUGUAAAUAUCAACCGUACACUUCUAAAUUCCUCCAGAGUGGUUAUUUUAAACCACACGAAUAAGCUCAAUGACUGUUUCCAAUUUCUUUGUAAACGGAAAGUGUCCUACCUGCGAUAUGAAUGCCACUGGGUAGCAUUUUAUCUUUAGCAAUACACAAUGUACUUUUUACUGUUUAUGUACAAUUUGCAAUGUCGUAUUUUUGUACCGUAAGCGUUAAAUGGAACAUCAAGCCUGCUGCAGUCGACAACCAUUUGAUAGAGACGAAGUGCUUCCGAACACAGUUCUCAGACCUUCUUUACUAACGUUAAAAGAUGUCUUGCCAUAUUUGAAGCUUGCCCUAUAGAGCAUACGCUUUAUUUAAUAAUUUUUAAAAGAUGUAUUGUAACCAAUGCUUGAAUGACAUGUUAGUUACCUGUCCAGAAACAAAUACUAUUGUAAAAUUGAAGAAUCACAUUGUUCCCAUUUGUCUGGUGGUACGUUUGACUGUUCUGUUCUGUUCUGUUCUCAUGCACUGUCCUAGGCUGUUCAUUUCGUCCGUGUAUGAUUUGGUUCAAUUCUAAUAAGGGCUUUUAAAAGUGGUUUGUGCUCUUAAAAGUUGUCCCUUUAGUCAUCCCAAACAUGGAAACUAUAUGUAUAUCAAUACACACACCUGUAUGUGAAACAAGCGCUUUCUAUUGUGUGUACAGUAAAUGAAGCAGCAAAUGUGGAUUUGGGAAUAUGGACACUUUAGAGCUGUUUUGUCUGAAACGGAAAGGGAGUAUGGACCCACAAAAUAGGCCAAAUUUGUAUGAACUUUUUAAAGCAAUGAAAACUUAAUUAACCAGCGUUAAAGGAAACCUUAAGCCAGCCACAGAACUGCAGGUUCAUCCUUAAAAAUUCUCUCCCAUGGGAGAGAGUUAGAAAGACUGAUCGGGCUUGGUUGGUAACUAGGGCCAGUUUUCUACUACGCUGGCAUUGAGAAACACCAUCUGCUGUGGCUCAUUGACAUGUUUACUCAUUAUAUAAUGCAGUCCUGUCUAUUUAUACAUCAGGGUUAAUAGAAUAUAUCAGCAAAAAGUUGACUUAAUCUAAACAUUCUACACAAAUUCUGUGUGUAUGAUAUGAAUAUAAAAGAGCCUUUAGCCUCUCACAAACAUGCAGACACUAAAGAUAAGAAUCGUUUAAUUUUCCCUAAAGCUUUUCAAGGUGAAGAGUUAAGGGCCAUUCACACUGACAGACACCAGCAGAGAUAAAGUGAUCAACAUCUUUUAUUUUUUAUGACAGAUCUAAGGCGACAUGAGACUACAGAGAAUUGAUUGUUUUCAGGCAGAAUUUAAUGUUUCAUAACCUACCGUUCAAAAGUUUAGGGUCACUCUCAUUUUUUAAAUAAUACUUUUUCCAAAACGUAUAAGAAUGACGAACUCAUCACAACUAUAUUCACAUCGAUCCUACAAACUCAGAAAACACAAACAUCCUAAAUCCUCAUUCACAUCGAUCCAGCAAGCGCAUUUGUUUGCUUAAUAGGAUAAAGCAAAUUUCACCAUGGGAAUUUUGUUGUUAAUGUCCAAGGUAAAUCAAACCUGUUAUAUUUUAGCACUCUUGACAUUUAUUUAAACAGCUUCUUGUGGUCCCAACCUGUGAUGCUUGUUUAUUGUAUUGAAGAAUUUCAUGUUCAUCUUAAUACUUUUGUUUUAAAAGGAAUGUAUUUGUUGAUACAAUUACCCUUUUCUUAACAAAUUAUUAUAACAAUUCAGACAUAUACCCUCGGAUCAAAAGGUUUUAGGUUAUGAAAAUCGUUUCAGUCAUGUGACCUUAAACUUCUGAAAGGUAGUCUAUGUGUGCUUCUUUUUUCUAUUCACACGCAGUCCUAUAUUGCAUGUCCUAAACAUUUACUGGUUGUGUUUCAAAAUUCAUGGAGUUGCAAGAAAUGUUUAUUACUAUUCACUUAAAUAACUGUACUCCCACCGGUAGCUUAUAACGGGUGGAGAUUCAAUUCUAUUGAGCUUCUAUGCGGGCCUGCUUAUGAUUCUCCAUUACAGUUAGUACACAGCCUUAGAAGGCAGCAGCCUACGUAGGAAACAGACAGCAUGAGGCAGCUAACUAGAUCUCCUAAACUUAGUCUCCUAAAACUCAUGAUUCACCUUUCAUCUUUUCUUUCUAUCUUUUUUUCAAACAGACAAAAAUAUACUUACAUGCCCUUUAGUACCCUUAGAGAAACUGUUGAUGAUCCAACCAUAACUACAUAACUACAGUUCAAACAGCUUCCCGGAUUAUAAUAGAAUAUGUUUGGUCACUGGCAGUGCAGAUGCUGUGUUGCAGUAGCAUCUUUGUUGGUUCUUCUGGUCUCUCUCUCUAUCUGCCAGGAGGGUAUGAGGUGCAAGUCUUAGCUGUCAGUGAUAUGUAAGUUAAUAUGGGUCUCCUGUGGAUGGAGAAGGAGAGAGAGAGAAACCAAGAAUAAUAUGGUACAUGAUGAUGAAGAACUCUGGGUUGGAGGUGAGGAGAGAGCAGAAAUCUGUCAUCUUUUCCUUCAGUCUUGAAAUUGUCAGUCUCUUUACUCGUCUAAAGCUACAUUUCCAAAUCAGCUGCGCAUUUACUUCUCAGGUCUGGUUGUGCUUUGGGGAAGCAUUUAAUUAUUCAGAAAAAUCUUAUUUGGAGAAUUGUGAAGAGAGACAUUAAAGACUGGGAGUUUCAAAAGCGAAGAAACCGGUUUGACUGAAGUGAACCUUUUUGGAAAUAAUCACAGAUGUAGACAGUUUUUACUAGACAUUUGUUGACUGUUGAGAUGGUUUUAUGUGUUUCGGGGCCCACUGUAAGUUUAGGAAUAGUUUUAGCCUGAAGUGAUAAUUGUUAUUUACUCGACCUCAUGUUGUUCCGAACCAUGACUUUCUUUCUUCUGUGGAAUACAAAGGGGGAUGUUACCAUAUGGUGACCCAAAAGCCCCCAAAAGUACAAAUAAAUAAAUAAAAGUCCUGAUUUCCAAAGUGAUAUAUUUAAAGUCUGCGUGUGAGGAACAAACCAAUAUUUGCCUUCCACUACAGCGCUCAAAUAUCAUCUCCAAACGUUUCUUACAAGACGUGAAAACCACUGGUGUCCUCAGUUCUGUCAGACAUUUCCAUUUCUGUUCCAUUGAAAGAAAGAAAGAAAGACAAGUCAUGCGGACAGGGACAAUUGGAGGGAAAAUGUUGGCUUGUUUGGGUUAACUAUUCCUUUCAAGACUGGCUGAUACGGUUCAAUUAAAAAAGCCACAAAAAACAAUGGUUAUAAUAGUCAGGUAGAGAGUUUCUGUAGGUUGGCAUGAAAGCGAUCUUACUGAAUACUAAUUAAUAUAAGCAAUGUUAUUAUACUGAACAUAUGGUACAGUGAAUUGUGAUGUUUAUGAUGAUGAAAGUGACGCUGAUAGUUAUGGCAAUAGUAACCAUGCCAACAGAACAGCAAAGAAGAAGUCAAUCAUUUCUAUGGCAGUUUAUGUACGUUAACAUAGACACGGUCAAACUGAUUGAAUGGCUUUUCGAGCAUCUCUUUAAUACAGAAACAUUGUUAAGUGUUCUUUGUAUAAACUCGUUUAAAAAAUAAAGAGCAGAGUGAAACUUCA